GCAGAACUUCCUUUUCAAAGUAUCAACCAAAAAAAAAAAAAAAACUUACUUUAGAGUUUAUAUAAUGACAUUAAACUAUUUUUUUCUGUCUUUUUUUGUCUGUUCGUGCAAACCACUAGUUCCAAUGUAUCAUUUCCUCUUUAUGAUAGACAGUUUGAAUAUGUGUGUUAGUUAAAAAAAAAAAAAAAAAGCACACAUAUGGUGCAGCUUUUUCAGUUUGUAGGCUUCAUGCAUAUCAAUGCAGCUUUUGUGAACGUGAACAUGAUGAGUGGGUGUUGUAGAGUGGAAAGCUGGGCAGCUGGGUGUCAAAGGGUUACAAAUACACCAGUUCCCCAGAGCAGUAUAGGAGUACUACUGUGUGUUUAUACUGCAGGCUGCUUCAGGAACCAACCACCGUUUAAUAAGCAGAAUAGAUGAUGGUAUCUUUGUAUGAAUUCUCAUAAAGUGGCUAUUUCUUUUCUCACAUUUAUCUAAUUAUAAAAUCCAUUAACAGUGUGUUUAUUAAGAGUAUUUCACACAGGCAGCAGCAGGUGGUUCAUCUGUAUUAUUUCUCUCUCCUGGAGCAUCCUUAACCUCUCCUCCUCCCACGCAGACAGACCUCCCAGGCUCCUCUCUCCGCCGCAGGCAGGCUGCAUGGACGAGCAAUGAGCUUUACUUCAUAGUAAAGCUGUAGAGAAAUUGUACCAGUGAAGCUGAUGAGAGGAGAUACAGUGUGUGUGUGGGCAACAUCAUUAUUAUUAUCGGCUGUGAGGUGGAGAAACAGAGAGACAGAGAGAGAGACGGAGAGAGGCAUCCACAUGACGGUGUGAGCAGCGUCUUGGACACACAGAGAGCAGCGUCUUCAGGGAGGGAGGACAUCCAGGUGAAGAUCUGUCUCCUCAUGAAGGCUUGACAAACCAAAGGCAGAAAACAGGUUUCCCACGAGACCUGCCUCCUGGACCAGGUGCUGGAGUUGAUUAUGAACGAGAAGCCCCCCAACAGUGCUAGCCUUUUCCUGAACGAGGACACGGACAAACCCCCCCUUCCGGAGAGAGGAGACCUGAGGAGACGCCUACGCAGGGCCAUGGAGAGGAGAGCCAGCAGCAUGAAGGAGAAGAUGAGCUCCAUCAGUCGGGACAGCGUCAAAGGUUUCCUCAAGAGGAACCUGUUUGUUCUGUUCACCGUUGCCGCCGUGGUUCUGGGUGUAAUCCUGGGCUUUGCUCUACGCCCCCACAACCUGUCCCUGAGGGAGAUCAAGUACUUUGCCUUUCCAGGGGAGCUACUAAUGAGGAUGCUGCAGAUGCUGGUGCUGCCUCUCAUCGUCUCCAGUCUGGUCACAGGUAUUUCCUCCUUGGACAGCAAAGCGUCAGGUAAGAUGGGUGUGCGUGCAGUAGUCUACUACAUGGUGACCACCCUGAUCGCCGUGUUCAUCGGCAUUGUCACCGUGAUGAUCAUCCAGCCGGGGAAAGGCAGCAGGGACAGUCCUGUGGUCAACAGUGGAAACAUAGAGCCAGUUCAGGCUGCUGAUGCUUUCCUGGAUCUCAUCAGGAACAUGUUUCCUCCCAAUCUGGUAGAGGCGUGCUUCAAGCAGUAUAAAACUGUGUACAAGAAGACUUUGCGCACAAGGAACGUGACGGUGACCCUGAACCUCACCGACUCCCUCAACGUGACGGAGUCUAACCUGAGCAUGAACCUCAGCAGGGUGCUGCACACCAUACAGGAGACAGUGGAGGAGACUGUGCCAGUGUCCGGUUCCUCUAAUGGAGUGAACGCUCUGGGUUUGGUGGUUUUCUCCAUGUGCUUCGGUCUGGUCGUUGGCAACAUGAAGCAGCAGGGCCAGUCCCUCAGGGACUUCUUUGACUGCCUCAAUGAAGCCAUCAUGAGGCUGGUGUCCAUCAUCAUCUGGUAUGCUCCUGUCGGCAUCCUGUUCCUGAUUGCGGGAAAGAUUGUGGAGAUGAAGAAUGUGGCAGAGGUGGGCGGCCAGCUGGGGAUGUACACCAUGUCGGUCAUUGUGGGUCUCCUCAUCCACGGCCUCUUUGUCCUGCCGCUGCUCUACUUCCUGGUGACCAGGAAGAAUCCCUACAUCUUCAUCGGUGGCCUGCUGCAGGCGCUCAUCACUGCUCUGGGAACCUCAUCUAGCUCCGCCACCUUGCCCAUCACUUUCCGCUGCCUGGAGGAGAACAACCGCGUGGAUAAACGAGUGACACGUUUCAUCCUCCCUGUGGGGGCAACCAUCAACAUGGACGGCACCGCCCUCUACGAGGCCGUGGCAGCCAUCUUUAUUGCCCAAGUCAAUGACAUGGACCUAAACUUUGGGCAGAUUCUCACCAUCAGUAUCACGGCAACGGCUGCCAGCAUCGGAGCAGCAGGCAUCCCUCAGGCUGGCCUGGUUACCAUGGUGAUCGUAUUGACAUCGGUGGGACUGCCCACAGAGGACAUAACACUGAUCAUCGCCGUGGAUUGGUUCUUGGACCGCUUGCGGACCACCACCAACGUGCUGGGUGACUCCCUCGGGGCGGGUAUCGUGGAGCACCUUUCCCGCGACGAGCUGCAGAGUCAGGAUGCUGAGGUGCGCAACUCUGUAAUCGAGGAGAAUGAGAAGCCCUACCAGCUUAUCUGUCAGGAAAACGAUACACACAACCACCGCAACAGUGAGACCACAAUGUGA